CUCUUCAAUAUUAUGGGAAUAAAUACAAGGAUUUGGCUAGGAAGAGGUGACUUAUAAUAACACUGGCCAAAGUAAUCGUUAAGACCUGUAGUGCAGCACAAUUCAUAGAGACAUAUGAUAAUCUGGAAAACAAAGGCUCGCAAAUCAAAGAAGAUGGUUCGAACUACUGAGGGUAAUUUCGUCUGAGCUUGUCUUCGAUCUUUCCGUUGGUGAAGUCGAGAUCAAAUGUGGCCGCUGCUUUUUCUUUUCAUUUACGAAACUUUUUACCUUAAUCAAGCCGGGAAGAUAUUUAUCGCUUUUGUUCGGGGAAUUCCGGGCGCAAAUUGGAUUAGGAAUGCCAUUGCUUUUACUAAGAUAACAAGAGGAAAAUCUAGCAAAAUGAACAAGAAGAGAGCUGGAAAACACUCAAGGUGGUUUUGAGUUAAAAGAUCCUAAAGAUUAGAGAGUACGACUCGUCGGUACAUUCAGGUUUCCGCAGUGACUGAUUAAUGACAACUAAUUAUUCAUUAAUAGAUUAAGAACAUGAACUACACCAGUCCUGAAAAUUCCACAGGGAAGCCUACUGGCUGUCAAUCAUCACCACCCGGCCAAUCGACAGCCGUGGCUUUGUCAAUCUCUUACAGCCUCGUUUUAGUGCUCGCUGUGACCGGAAACUCCUUGGUCAUCAAUUACGCUCGGACGAAUUCUAGAAUGAAGUUCAACGUGUUUAACUACUUUCUUAUCUGCAUGGCUAGUGCCGACAUCAUCGAUGUCUUGACCGUGGCUCCCAUUCACUGGAUCUACUUCUUCUACGGCAAUGAAUGGAUUGGCGGUACCAUUGGAGCAAUCACUUGUAAGCUUAUCUAUUAUUCYGUCGAAGUGUCUAUUUUCGUCUCGGUUUUAACACUCGUUGCCAUAACAACCGACAGAUACUUUGCUGUAUGUCACAUGACCUAUAAACCUCUGUCACGUGCUAAGACACUGGUUAUCAUUGCUGGUAUAUGGUUUGCAUCGUGUUUGUUGGCGUCGCCUCAGUUGUAUAAAUUCAGGGUGCUUGAGGUCAAAGGUCAGGCCUAUUGUUUCUCUUCCUGGACAAACGACCCAGACGAAGACGUACUAGGCACACAAUUCGAGAUGCUUAUCAAGUUUGCACUAUCAUAUGGGAUACCUUUGUUCCUCAUGAUAAUCAUGUAUGCAAUAAUUAUACGCGAGCUUCGUAAGCGACUUCRUACGUGUGUCACCGAACAGAACGAGUCACUUCAACGGCGUAUCGAGCGGCAAAACCGUCCCCUUGUAGAAAUGUUCAUCACCUUGGUGAUCAUAUUCGCCAUCUGCUGGUUCCCAGUCCACAUCAAUCACAUGCUCAUCGCUUUUGAUUAUCAGACAUACCUCUGUCUUCCCACAAUAGUACCGCUGCUCUUUUAUCUUCUGGCUCAUGUCAAUGCCGUCAUCAAUCCUUUUUUGUACUUCAUAUUCAUUACUGCUUUUCGUAACGAGCUAAAGAGAAAUGUUAGGCGCCUCUGUGGAUGGUCUCGUUUUGCGACGUUCUCGACGACAUUUUCUAAAUCUAGAAACACAACACUUAACCAUAAGUUCGAUCCAAAUGAUCCAACAAAUCAACCAAGCCCCGAAUUCCGCUGCACGUCUUCCCCAAACGAAGGUGCCAUUGCAACAGGGCAAACAAACGAAGCUGUGACGACAGAGGCUGAAAUUGACAUACACCAACCCAGUACUUUUCGACCACUCCAGAUCGAGAGAGGUCUGGGUAGAAGGAGGAGAUUUAGCACUGAAUCAGGUCCAUCGUCUUCGAGAAGCUUAACGUUGAACAACUAUAUCAACAAAGCGUUCGAGAAAGAUGUUAGUAGUAGAGAGUUCAAAUCAGCUUCAUUGCCAUGAAAAUUUAAUACAUUCGUAUAAAAAUCGGUCCCUUGAUCAUUAUCGUGUAGUUUUAAAACCUGGGUCAAUCGGGGACUGAGUUUAAUAAUAUCKUAAAUUUCAAGAUUUUGGUAAAAUUGACGAUUCUUAAAAGUCACGUGAUACGGGCUUAACCUCGAAUCCAGGUGAUAUUUGAACUGUGAAAAAAUGUAUUUUUUAGAAUUUAGAAAAGCAAUCAUGGCCACCAAAUACCAGAUAUAUCUAGCAAAUAUUCGCCAAAGGCGAAGUGAUUGUUGGUGAAUAUUUACCGGCCCUGCAAUUCACUUUAUUCUUUAGAGGCAUCAAAAGGGAAAACUUCACUUGUCUAGGUCUCAUAAACAAUAGACUGUUUCACAUCAAUCAAGUCCAACUUCGUCUGGUUUCACGAAAAUAAUUCAUAUUAAAAAAAAAGCGCAUUAUCGUAAAAGGUGCGGUGAAUAUAAAGAACCACUAGCCUCAUUUAGAUGUUUAUGAGCACCAGUCUUCACCGAUUUAAUAUAAAUAUAAAUAUCGUG